AUGACGGACAUUUACGAAAUUGAAGACAUCGAUGGUGUUCGUUUCAACUGGAACGCGUUUCCAGUCACCCGAAACGAGGCAGAGAACAUCUCCACACCGGUCGGAUGUCUGUAUACGCCAUUGAAUCCAAGAGACGAUUUGCCAACAGCCAACUACGACCCCCAGAUAUGUCGUAAGUGUCAUGCGGCUAUGAAUCCUUACAGCACCAUUGAUUUGAUGGCAAAAAUAUGGACUUGUCCGGUUUGUCUUUCCAGAAACCAACUUCCUGCCCAUUAUUGCAGCCUCUCAGCAGAGAACUUGCCGGUUGAAUUAACCCCAUUGGCAUCCACCAUUGAAUACGUAUUGAAGAGACAACAGCCUCCACCCCCACCUGUUUUCCUGUACGUUAUUGAUCUGUGCCAGGAACCAGAGGACUUGCAGGCAUUGAAAGACAGUUUGAUCACUUCAUUGUCUUUGCAUCCCCCAGGAGCCCUCAUUGGUUUGAUUACCUUUGAUUCUGUGGUAAACGUCCACGAGCUCAAGUUCGAGUCCGGCUUCAAGAAGUAUGUGUUUAGCGGGAGCAAGGAGCACGAAUCCGUGGAGGUCCAGAAGCAACUCGGGAUCUUUGGUAAUUGCCAGAAGACCUGGAUUCAGCAGUUCGAGACUCAGAACGGAACAAUAAACAAGUUCCUUCUUCCAUUGAGCGACAGCGACGCUGAAUUUCAGAUUACGAAGACCAUUGAAAGCUUGGAAUGCUCUAAGUGGAUUGUUCCAAGUGGCCAUAGAGCUGUCAGAGUUACCGGAGCUGCUCUUUCCAUCGCCUCGUGUUUGGUCGAAGGUGCCUUUUCACAAUGUGCCGCCAAGAUCACCCUUUUCGCUGGUGGUCCAUGUACUUUUGGCCCAGGCAUGAUCGUUGGUACGGAGCUCAAGGAGCCAAUUAGAUCGCAUAAUGAUAUAGACAAGGCGUCCGCGAAGCAUUACAAGAAGAGCGUUGCAUUCUACAAAAAGCUGGCUUCGAAGGCUGCUGGGAUCAAGAAGGACAUCAAGGAUAAGAGUAUCGACCAUGCUUCCACCAGUAUCUUCUCGGUGGAUAUAUUUGCCGGUUGUUACGACCAAACGGGUAUCUACGAGAUGAGAUCCUUGGCCAACCUCACUGGUGGUGUCUUGGUAGUAACCGAUUCUUUUCAGACCUCCAUCUUCAAGAACUCGUUCUUUGGAGUUUUCAAUAAGGAUGACGAAGGUUAUCCAUCGAGCUACUUUGAUGGUACUUUGCAAGUAUUUACCUCUCAUAAGUUGAAGGUUGCCGGCGUCGUUGGGCAUGCGAUGUCCUUGAAACAUCAUGCUGACAACGUUGCCGACAUCCAAGUUGGAGAUGGUCUCUCGGACAAGUGGAGAAUGUGUUCUUUGUCCCCAAGACACACAUACGGUAUCUUCUUUGAUAUGCAAACUGUGCCAACCGUGGACCAAAGAAACUCUUCGGUCGGCGAUGUUUGCAUCCAAUUCCAAACUACGUAUAGACACGCGAACGGCUCGGUGAGAACCAGGGUUACAACCUUGAGAAGAAUGACUUCAAAUUCCACCGACCUGUCGCACACUUUCGACCAGGAGGCUGCUGCAGUUCUCUAUGCCAGAUUGGUUGUACACAAACUUGAGGCAGGAGGUGAGUACUCUGAUCUUCUGAGAUGGAUAGAUAAGUCGUUGGUCAAGUUGUGCACCGUUUAUGGUGACUACUCCAAGAACGACUCGAACUCGUUCAGAUUGUCGAGCAAGUUCUCGUUGUUACCACAAUUCAUCUACCACUUGAGAAGAUCCCAGUUCUUGCAAGUGUUCAACUGCUCCCCUGAUGAGACUGCAUUCUACCACCACACUUUGUUGAGAACAGACAUCAGAGACUCUUUGGUUAUGAUCCAACCAACUUUGACCGUGUUCAGAGCAGAUGGCUCAGACCCAGAGCCUGUUCUCUUAGACUCUGCUUCCCUGCAGGCGGACUCUGUCUUGUUGUUGGAUGCGUUUUUCUACAUUGUGAUCUAUUUUGGUCAUGUGGCUGCUGAAUGGAGAGACAAAGAGUAUCCAAGAGAUGAAUAUCCUGGUGUGUACGAGAUGAUUGACAAUUCCAGAGAGGAGGCUGCUAGUCUGAUCUCGGAUAGAUUCCCGCUUCCAAGAUACGUCACUACCGAUGAGGGUAAGUCGCAAGCGAGAUUCUUGUACUCAAAACUUAACCCUUCCGAAAAUGACUCGCAAAAUUUUGGUGCAGCCAUGGCUGGAUAUGUUGCCGAUGGUUCGGAUGCCAACACUGUUGUACACACCGAAGACGUGUCGCUCAAGACCUUCUUUGCCCAUCUUGCUAGGCUGGUUGUCCAGAACUCCAAUGCGUGA